CCAAAACCGUUAUAAAAACAAAGACAUAAUUAGGUGAAAGAGGCCAAACAUGUACAACCGGCCAAAACAACCAAACCCCUAUUUUAUUUUCUUUCUGUUUCUUUCUCCGCUGUUUGGUCGUUUUCACGUUUGGCUAACCAACCAAACAAAGAAUUCAAACGGAAGAAACAAACCAAACCUAAACUCCAAAUACAAAAAACUAAACAAAACUUGUUUAGUUACGGAUGUCUCAGGCCUUGGCUCCACCACCACUUCUGGUGGUCACCACCGUCGUCCCAGAUCCCCCCCACCCUCCCCCACCACCUCAACAAAAGCCGUACGCUCUGCAAUACGUGACGGAGCUUCUCAGCCGGAUCGGUAUCAAAGACACGGACAAAGAUGGCAACAUCAGCCCACAGAGCCCGAGAAGCCCAAGAAACAAUAUCCUCAUGGGAAAGUACGAGCUAGGAAAGCUUCUCGGCCACGGAACCUUCGCUAAGGUCUAUCUAGCCCUAAACAUAAAAUCCGGCGAAAACGUCGCCAUCAAAGUCAUCGACAAGGAGAAGAUCAUGAAGAGCGGUUUAGUCGCUCACAUCAAACGAGAGAUCUCCAUCCUCCGCCGCGUGCGCCACCCUUACGUGGUCCACCUCUUCGAAGUCAUGGCCACGAAGACCAAGAUCUACUUCGUGAUGGAGUACGUUCCAGGAGGGGAGCUAUUCAACAAGGUGGCUAAAGGACGUCUGCCGGAGGACACCGCCCGGAGAUAUUUCCAGCAGCUGAUCUCCUCCGUGUCCUUCUGCCACGGACGAGGCGUCUACCACCGUGACCUUAAACCGGAGAAUCUGCUCUUAGACGCUAAAGGCAACCUCAAAGUCUCUGACUUCGGUCUCAGCGCGGUGGCAGAGCAGCUCCGUAUAGACGGGCUCUGCCACACGUUCUGUGGGACUCCGGCGUAUCUUGCGCCGGAGGUUUUGACGAGGAAAGGGUAUGAUGCGGCUAAGGCUGAUGUGUGGUCUUGCGGAGUGAUAUUAUUCGUGUUGAUGGCUGGUCACAUCCCGUUUUACGACAAGAACAUAAUGGCUAUGUACAAGAAGAUUUACAAAGGGGAGUUUCGUUGUCCUCGUUGGUUUUCAUCUGAUCUUAUCCGGUUAUUGACUCGGCUUCUCGAUACUAAUCCGGAUACUCGGAUCACUAUACCGGAGAUCAUGAAGAGUAGAUGGUUCAAGAAAGGAUUCAAACAUGUGAAAUUUUACAUAGAAGAUGAUAAGUUAUGUAGGGAAGACGAGGAGGAGGAAGAAGAGUCGUAUUCCUCUGGUCGUUCAUCAACGGUUUCAGAGAGUGAUGCGGAGUUUGACGUGAAGAGGAUCGGUUCAAUGCCGAGGCCCGCGAGCUUAAACGCGUUUGAUAUAAUAUCGUUUUCUUCGGGGUUUGAUUUAUCGGGGUUGUUUGAGGAAGGAGGAGAAGGGACGAGGUUUUUGUCAGGCGCUCCUGUUUCGGAGAUCAUAGCGAAGCUGGAGGAGAUUGCGAGGGUUGUUAGCUUUACGGUGAGGAAGAAGGAGUGGAGUUUGAGGUUAGAAGGGUGUAGGGAAGGUGCGAAGGGGCCGUUGACGAUUGGAGCUGAGAUAUUUGAGCUGACGCCGUCUCUUGUGGUGGUGGAGGUGAAGCAGAAGGGAGGAGAUAGAGAUGAGUAUGAAGAGUUUUGUAAUAAGAAACUCAGACCGGAGCUGGAGAAACUAAUGCAUAACCGAGGAGGAGAUAAAGGAAAAGGAGAUGUUGUUGUAGAAGAAGAAGCAAUGUGUUUGCCGUGUGAUACUGUAUAGUAAUACAAGGAAGGCUGAGAACAAAGAAUACAAGAAAUUAACAUUCUUUUGUUACUAUUGAGUCUAUUUAUUAUUUGUUAUAUGGUUAUGGUGCGGUAUUGGGAUGUUACAGAGGUUUUUAAGAUGCACUUCAAUCUAGGACAUCUCCGUAAUCUCCCAGUCUAUUUAUGUGUGAGUGUGUGUGUGUGUGUUUGUGUAAGUGUUACUGUAACGGUGAGUGAUAGGAAGAAGAGCGAAGGAAAAGAUACAAAAGGAUAUAUCUGAGUAAUUAGUCAGUUUUUGCUGGUUGCUUAUAGAGCCAGUUUUUUUUUGUCAGAUUGCUCAUAUAAUCUUGUAAAUACUUGUAACACAAGAUACGAGCUUAAUUGAAAUUCUUUCUCGGCCUUCCCCUAUUUAACUGUUUCGUGCGUCCUAAGCUAUAAUAUUUUGCUCCAUGAGAAUGAAGGUUUUAAGGUGCAAAGAUCUGCAUG